GAAAAAGUUUCUUCUUUAAUCUGUUUUUGAAACAUUUUGGUUUAAUUGUGUGCCGGAAAGUCUAGUCUGACUUUUCAGUCUUUGAAUGCGACUGUUCACUAAUUAAAUCGCGUUCUUUUAUUCAUCCCAAUACCAUUGACUUGUUCCCUUAUUCAUUUUUGGUAGUUGAGGUUGAGUUGAGAUAUAUCUAUCUGCUUUCUGCUAAUUGAGAAAUUACAUAUUCUCGUUUCUACUCUGUCUGGUAGCGUACAACCACAGAAUCCAAACAUAAUUUACAGAUUUAGAAAAUUAGCCAACCAAAUGCAGUUACGAAAUUAAACCAAAUGGCAGUAGUUGAUGUGCAGUUGGUGAUUGCUGAGCUGUACUCGUCGUGAAAACCCCCUUCCUUCCCAUACCCCUCUCUCUCUCUCUCUCCAUCUCCUGUGCUGCUCUACCUCUAAAAGAGAUGCAGUGCUGAAUCAAAUCUUUGUUGGUGGAUGAAGUUGAAACAAUUGUGUAAUGGGAUUUUAACUGUUUUACAGACCUUGAUUCUGAAAUUGGGGUUAGCAGGAGAGAAACAGAAAGUAUCAGAGGUCUAAACAAUUCAUAUUCUUACUUUGUUAAUAGAAAUUUGGGAAAAAUUGAAUCUUGAAUGUGAAUUGGGCCAGUUCAUGGUGCAGACAUCUUCAUUAGUAUAACAAAUCUGGUUUUAAUUGGGGGCCGAGGCUUAGUAUGGACCGAAGGCACGUGGUUGGUAAGAGGCCGGGGUCGUCUUCUUCACCGGCCAGAGGUGCUUCCGGACAGGGGAGAGACAAUUACUAUCUCUAUCGUGAUCAAGGGCCGUCUGGUUACAAUGGGAACUCGUAUUAUGCGCAGGGUGAAGGAGGACGAUAUAUGAAUCGUGACAUUGAUGGGGUGUCCAGUUUCGAGAAUUUGGAGAAUUGUCGGGCUGAGCUCCUGCGAAAGCUUGAUGAGUUGAAGGAUCAUCUUAGUCGGUCUUGUGAAGUGUCUGGGAAAACUGAUGUGAUGGUUUCUCCUGAUCCUUAUCCCAGAAGUCGUGCUGCUUAUCUUCAAGAAGCGCUGACUACUUCACACGUUGUAAACCAGCUACGCCCUCAUUUGGGUGAAGCGUCUGGAUAUGCUCCUUACGUCCAUAGGGAUCCACAUUUUCGCAGCGGAUACCAAGAUGAAGGCUUGUCAUAUGCCCGGGGACCGUAUGGGUAUGGUCACCCACAAACUAAAUACUUGCAUCAGCCCUAUCAUAACCGUCGCCAUGGUUAUGGUGGCAAUGUGGAUCAUCCAGAUGCAAACUUCUUUCACAGUCCUACCUGCUCUUGCGUGCACUGUUUCGAUAAGGAUUGGGAUUUACCUCCACACGUGCUAUCUAACCCCGACAACCAUCACCGUAUGCAUCCUAUUGGGCACGAGCCACAGGGUUAUCGUUCUGGAGGCUUCAACUCACGUAGUUCUCGUUCUCAGCCAUCUAUAACACCCAAUUCCACAGAUCUUGAUUUUGAAGACGAUGGAAUUCAUCAGGCUCGUCUUAGAAAGGUGCAGGAAUCUCGUACAAAUGGGCUUAUGAUGCGUCCUGUUGCAGGUGGGGCUCCUUUCAUAGCAUGCACAAGUUGCUUUGAAUCGCUGAGGCUUCCUAAACAACACAUUUCAUUGAAAAAAAGGCAACAGAAGCUAAAAUGUGGGGCUUGUUCUUCGGUAUUCUUGUUUGAACUCGGGAACAAGGCUUUGACUCUGCCAGUUUCUGGAAGUUUUGACCAUGUAGUGACUGAGAUGGAUGAUUGUUCUAGCUUGGCAGUGGAUGGAGAUGUUGGUUACGAAGAGGGCGGUUCAAAAUUAGCUGAGGCGUAUGCGUGCUCUGAUUCUAAUGAUGAUUCUGUUCCCAAGGUUUCUCUAACAGACAAGAAGUCCAGUUCUGAUGAAUGUGAGAAGCAUUUGGAUUCGCUUUCUUCAGUUUCGAGUCCCUCCAAGGAUCAGCAAAUGGAAGAUACUCUUCCACCCGAAAAACAUGGUUCCCCAUCUGCAGAACUACAUAUAAUGGAAGAUACUAUUCCACCCGAAAAACAUGGUUCCUCAUCUGCAGAACUACAUAUAAUGGAAGAUACACUUCCACCCGAAAAGCAUGGUUCCUCAUCUGCAGAACUACAUAUAAAAGUCGAGUCACUCCCACCUCCUAUUUUGUCUACUGAGGAAUCCCCUGAUCAUUGUUCGCCUAGUAGUUUAGUCGGCCAAUGUGACAAUGGGGACAAAGUUACAAAAUCUGAGUUAGACCGCAAUGCCACUUGGCAGAAUUCUGUACGAGACUCGGCUGUGUCAACUGAGAUCGAGUCAAAAGAAUUUCCAAAGAGCUAUAUAUCACAGGACACUUGUGACAAAGGUGCAGAGUCUUCAUCUUCAGGUCUUGACGACAGUAGAUCCGGAAACUUCAUGAAAUGGGCUCCAAAUGCAGAACUUGGUACAUCACAAGUUUUUGUAAACGGGCACUUGAUACCGGAGAAUCUCGUUCAGAAGGCUGAACUCUUGGCUGGGCCGAUUCAACCUGGAGAGUAUUGGUAUGAUGUACGUGCCGGAUUUUGGGGUGUGAUGGGCUUUCCUUGUCUGGGCAUUAUCAUGCCGAACAUUGAGGAAUUCAAUUAUCCAAUGCCGGAGAAGUGUGCUGCCGGAAACACAGGGGUCGUUGUCAAUGGCAGGGAGCUUCACCAGAAAGAUUUAGACUUACUUGCUGGAAGAGGUCUUCCAAUUCUAAGUGGCAGAUCUUAUCUCGUUAAGAUUUCUGGAGAGGUUGUCGAUGAGGACACUGGGGAAGAACUUGACAGCAUAGGCAAACUCGCCCCUAGCGUUGAGAGGGCGAAUCAUGGAUUUGGUAUGAAAGUUCCAAGAUUUAUCUCCCGAUACCAAAGCUAGACUCAUGAUGGUUCCAGUAUUCAUCAUGAAAACUUUUCACGCUACAUGCUAAGUUAGGAAGUUGGUUCGACUGCUUCGACAACACAUACGGUUAUGGCUUGUUCUUAGAGUUGUGGGAGAACCUUCAACUGGAUGAUCUUCUUUUGAUACCGGUACGCACCUUGUAUUCUUGUCUUAAUUUUGGCAUCAUGUGUAGAGAGUUCUGGAAUUGUCACAAUUCUUAACUGUAAGAAGAUCAAUAAUAUACUUGUGUGGUGAGUUUUACUUUGUUAGUCUUUCAUCAAAAGGUACUUUAUUUUUUUCUGUAAUAUGAAAAUAGUACAUUGAUUCUGA